AAAUGCAAGAUGACUAUCUAGCACCUGCAGAGCUACCCACAUCACCACCCCCCAGUAACAUCUCCGCUCCGGCAGACACCUAUCUACCGUCAGUCGAAACGAAAGCACGCGCCUCAUCAACGUUUGGCAUCGGCAAGGAGAUUGAGACAGCAAACUUAGGCGAGAGCAACCCGUACGCGUCACGCAAGGAGGCCAAUCCCUACGCCUCGCGUCAGCAGAUGAAACUCCCCAGUCCUCCGCCGGUAGGGCAGGAGAAUCCGUACCAGACGCGCAAGCAGACGCAACCGUUGCCCAAGGCGCCAGCGGAUUCGAAUCCGUACGCGUCACGGCAACAAGUGAAGCUGCCGCCGUUGCCCGACAAGCCCCCGGCACCAGUAGCACCCAUGGCACCCAUAGCACCGCGCGCUCCGGUCAACGACAAGAUUAUCAUCAACACGCAGGCCAUCUUUGUGCAGAAAGCCGAUGCGAAAUUCAAGUUUGAGCAGGUGUUUGUCGCUCUAUGGGACUACCAGCCGUCGGCAAGCGAUGAGCUCGGCUUCCGCCGUGGUGAUCUCCUGUACAUUGAGGAUAUCAUCCAGGACACGGACUGGUGGGUAGGAAGGAAGAAGAGUGCGUACGAUGAAGACACGUUCACUGGUGAUCGGGGGCUGCUCGUGUCCACGUAUGUAUCGCCAGCGUACGAGAAGCUAAUCUGACGUUCUGGCACGCCGCAGACUGACUCUGUGAAUAUGCUGGAAAUGAUAGUAAUAGUUACAGUUCGUAUGUCACUCAUGGUAUGAUCCAUGGGCUCAAUGCAUCUGCCAAUGAAAUCCAGGCAGAAGAUCCAGGCAGAAGGCCGGCAAGCACAUGUUAAACUCUGUGGCGGUGUGGGAUAACUCCGAGCGGCGGCAUAACGGUGUUGUGUGCGUGUGUUAGGUCAUGACGAAUGGCUGAGUGACUGGAGCUGUUUGUUUGGGAGCAUCGCCAACUGGAUCUGUUUGUCUGCUGGAUCUGUUCGUAUCGAGUGCUGGACAUACGAGUGCUGGACAUUCGAGUGCUGGACAUACGAGUACAUGUACUAGCUGUUAGCUGCCAUCCUCCAAUGAUACUGUCAGUUUUCCAUGGACCCAUAGACAGCACACGAUGGUGAACAAUUCUAUACAUGCAGCUGUGAAACGUUGCACUGUCUGCUCUGCUACAAAGGACUUGAUAACAGUAAAACGUGCAUCGUGUCGGACAUGACUCUCUCGGAUAGCCACAUGACUAAGUAUAAUAUAUUCCGCAUGGACAAGCGCUUACUUGAACAUGUGUGUGUGCUGCAUGUGCCCGCUCACACACAUAAACAUACACACGUAGAUAUUGGUUGUAGAAGAUAACAACCCGUUAGCCGUUGCCGAGCACAAGUUUCUUUCCGGUUCAUUAUUUACACCAUAGAUCGUUACACAGAACAGUUAGGGGCGAGGCUAGUUGCUUGAAACUCGCCCCGCACAGAGGACAGUCGCAAACUACGUUAGAUUUUUAGAGAUAGUAUUUUUUUAACUUAACGACCGCAGCCAGCUGUAGCCAACUUGAUCUUGUUUACCCUGCGGAGAUUCGGUCUCCAUUUUGCUGCUUCAGCUGUCAUGAUUGCCCUGUUCUCAGAGCACUAGCACUAGCAGUCAAGACAUAAUACCACUGCAGGCCUGCUAGGUGUAUGUGUGUUGUUGAGCUAACAAUCUGCUCGCUUUCACUUCCUUCCGCACGUCUUUUUGGUUUAUCUUCCUGUCACGGUGCAGUUUUGCUCCAGUUUCUUCUUGCUUCCGUGUAGUAUACUCAUAGAGAGGAAGAGCACUGCGCAAGAGAGUGCAUGGUUUAUGGUUUUAAGUUUGGAACGGUUGUAGCAAUGUUGCGGUGAGCUGUUGA